AUGGAGGCCGGGCUGCUGAGCGCCGUCCUGGGCAUUAUCCUGGUGCAGGUGGAAAUGGCCACGCAGGACCUGGACCUGCAGAAGAUUGUAGGGUUCUGGCGGGAAGUUGGGGUGGCCUCCAGCCACAACCUGGCACUGCAGACCCCAAAGAGGCUGGAGGCCUUGUUCCUGACCUUGCGUCGGGAGGAGCUGACCGUGAAGGCUGCGUAUAAUAGCUCAGGAAGCUGUGAGACUGAACAAAUAGUGAGCUCAGAAGUCAACGUCUCCGGGAAGUUUGUUUUUCCUGGCCACAGGGAGAUCCAGGUGAUAGACACCGACUACGAACAGUACGCCAUCCUGAGGCUGUCCCUCCGCUGGCGGGACAAGGCGUUCCACGUGCUCAAGUAUUUCACCCGGAGCCUUGACGGCGAGUAUGAACCAGGCUUCUGGAAGUUCCGGGAGUUGACCGCAGACACGGGACUGUACCUGGUGGCCCGGCACGGGAGGUGUGCCAAGCUCCUGAAGGAGGAGCUGAUCUAGGGGAGCCCCCGGCCCCAUCCGGGAUGCUCGGAGCCCCGCGCACCCGGCCUCCCCUGGCUGC